AUGGAAGCUUCCCGUCCUUCCCCAGAGGGGCGCAUUCUUCCGCCCCGCGCUGCAAGAACGGUCGAAGUCGAACCAGUCAACACGGCAAGCUCCGCGAAUGCGAUUAAGGAGGCUACUGGGAAAUCAGAGCGGUCGGACAACGUCAUGAUAACCUUGUCUCUUACCCCCGAUCCUCCGGUCGCUCCGCCGAGUCGCUCGACUUUCCCCCGCGCCCAUUAUCGCUCGCGGUCGUUGGCGGAGGUCUCGGGUGUCCCUCCAAUGACGCGCGCUCACUCGUCCCCGGGGCUGGACUCCAAAGGGCGAUAUAUCUUCGUCAAUGGUCGAGAAGCGCCUUCAAUUCAGAAUGAUAAUACUCCAAGACGGUAUCUACCUUUGCAGAUACCUUCAAGGGAUUCCCUCGAAGCCAGGAUGGCACCUCUGAAUAUUUCAGAAACGAUCUCGGAGCACGCUGAGCUUGACACAACCAUGAAAUCACCACCACAUGGGGAUUCCUCCACCACAUCUCCCGUCGCAUCACACAACCUGCGUGUCGGGCGCCGACGACCAUCAUCACCCCUCCACUUCCCCAGUGCGACUUCGAUCACCCAGCCUACUAGCAGUCCCUCGUCGAUCCAUUCGUCACCAGUGGUCCUCGGCUCAAAAUUCAACGAAGCCUUCCCGGGAUACUCGACUUCCUCUACGUCGUCAGUACCAUCGACUCCUACGAGCCUCCGAUCGCGCAGUCCGAGCAUAUCCUCUCUCGAGACCAUCCCAGAUAUUCCUGAUGCCGAGGAUGCAGCCAUCGAAGCCGACCGAAUUGCAGCGCUCAAGGCUGCCGCAGAUAGGGCAGACGAAGCGGAGGCGGCAGCCAACGGGAGCAGGCGCCGUGGUACAUCUGAUGCUUUGGGUCCUGCGGGUUCUUCUGGCUCUAUGCGAGGCGGCUCAGGAGUCUACGGGGCGAGAAUCGACAAGAGGAAGCGCUGGAGUGUCUGUGGAGCGGAACGUCGGCAAGACCUUGACCUGGAAACGAUCUGGGAAGAUUAA